AUGAUCAGUCCUCUAGAGUGUGGACGGCCAUGGUCAGUCUUCUGGAAUGUGGGCGGCUAUGAUCAGUCCUCUGGAGUGUGGACGGCCAUGAUUAAUCCUCUGGACUUCAUAGCCCAGCUGCUGCUCUUCUUUGUCAUCCACAUGGCCGGCUCAGCGCUCUACCGGACCAUCGGAGCUGUCUUUCGCAGCGUCGCUCUGAGCAACACCCUGGGCAACUCUGUGCUUGUCCUCUUCUUCCUGCUCUCCGGGUUCAUCAUUACCAAAGUCCUCCUCGUCCUCUUCUUCCUGCUCUCUGGGUUCAUCAUUACCAAAGCUGACAUCCACAGCGUGUGGGUGUGGGUGUAUUGGAUCUCGCCCCUCACCUACGUGCAAAACGCCUUCUCUGCUAAUGAGUUCCUCGCCCCCAGAUGGGAUGUGCCAGUGAUCUCGCAGCAUCAGCUGGACGCCCGGGAGACAGCCCUAGCCGGCACCAACCUGGACUUCGCCUCGCGCUACUCCAAUCUCCGUUCCCUCACACUCGCCAGCACCGGCUCCACCGCCACGGCCCGCUUCCUCGCCAGCAACCGCUUCCGCUCCUCCAAGAGCCUCGUCACACCUCUGCCUUCUGGCCAGUCGCUCAAAGGUUUUCCUUCGGGCAGCCCGGCGGUUCGCCUGCGAAGUUUUGCCCCGCGAAUGAUGUCAGACGGAGGGGGAGGGGGAGCGGGUUACACGAGCCACAGGAGGGGCUUGGGCUUUAAGGAGAGCAUCGGCAGCGGGGACUCGUUAAAGCGCAGUACUAGCCGUAUGGGACAGUUCAUGCGCAGCAAGACGGUGGGAGAGGCGGAAGGGGGGUCUGCUUUCCCUGCGUCAACGAGUGCACCUAGGGGAAAGUCCCUGGUUGUUGGUGUUGCUAGUGGUGGUGCUGCUGCUUCUGCUGUUGAGAAUGCCACGGGUGUCACUGCAAUUAGCACCACAGGCGGCAGGGGUGAGAAGAAGCUACAGAGGCGAGUGGUGACAUUCCUGACUGAUGGGGGGGAUGGUGCGGGUGAUGGUGGAGGGGUGACUCCUGUUGCUACAAGCACAGAAGGCGGAGAGGAUAAACAGCAACAGAGAAAGGCUCUGACAAGAAACGACAGCCUGGAAAGAGACGACGAGUUACAUUCAGUUACAUCGGCCAGUGUUCCCACGGGGCUGUCCAGUGCGCCCAAUGGGCUGUCCAGUGUGCCCUCUGGGGUCUCAGGUGGAGGGGACUUAAGCCAGCAUGGCAUGGUCCUCCCCUUUGAUCCUCUCACUCUCUCCUUCCACAACGUCAACUACUAUGUCGACAUGCCCGCUGAGCUAAAAGACAAGGCCGGGCCUCCCGGCCAGCGGCUGCAGCUGCUGCACAACGUGUCCGGCAUCUUUCGUCCCGGAGUGCUGACCGCCCUGAUGGGGGUGUCUGGGGCAGGGAAGACCACGCUAAUGGACGUGCUGGCAGGGAGGAAGACCGGGGGGUACAUUGAAGGGAAUAUCCGCGUGUCUGGGUACCCGAAAGUGCAGGAGACGUUUCUUCGGGUGUCAGGGUAUUGUGAGCAGGAGGACAUUCACACGCCCCAGGUGACCGUGCACGAGUCUCUGCUCUACUCCGCCUGGCUGCGCCUGCCUGAGGAGAUCGAUAGGGAUGUCAUAAUGUUGGAGGAAUUGGUGGAGCUAGAUCCAGUGAAGGGUGCAUGCAGUGGUGCAAGAGUUAUCUCAGGGCUCUCUCCUCAUCCCGGCCUCUCUCCUCAUCCUGGCCUCUCUCCUCAUCCCGGCAUCUCUCCUCAUCCCGGCAUCUCUCCUCAUCUCGCCCAUCUGAAAUUUCAGGAAUUCGUAGAGGAGGUGAUGGACUUGGAGGAGUUAGAGCCGGUGAAGGGCGCGCUGGUGGGAGAGUUCGUGGAGGAGGUGGAGGAGCUGGUUGAGCUGGAGGCGGUACAAGGGGCACUGCUGGGAUCCUGUGCUCAUGCCUCUUUCUGCCCAUCUCUGUUAACAUCCCAUACCCCUCUGCCCUCUCCUCUCCAGGAAUUCGUGGAGGAGGUGGAGGAGCUGGUGGAGUUAGAUGCGGUGAAGGGGGCGCUGGUGGGGACGGCGGGGAAGGACGGGCUGUCGGUGGAGCAGAGGAAGCGGCUGACCAUCGCAGUGGAGCUCGUAGCCAACCCGUCAAUCAUCUUCAUGGAUGAACCCACCUCAGGCCUGGAUGCGAGGGCAGCGGCCAUAGUGAUGAGGGCGGUGCGCAACACAGUCAACACAGGCCGCACAGUCUUGUGCACCAUCCACCAGCCGUCCAUUGACAUCUUUGAGGCGUUUGACGAGGUGAGGCAAAGAUACAGUGUGCACUUGUACAGAUGUCCAUAA